CCAAAAUGUACACGUCAUUGCAAACGUCAAAAUUCAUGGCGUAAAAGUCUGUUUUGUGAUUUUUUGCGUGAAAAAUGCUUAGAAAGUCAGUGUUUUUGGCACAAAUCCUCAGUCUGGGAUGCGUCCUGGCGUUCCCGGAUCAAGGGAAAUGGGACUUUAUCAUGAAACCCGAUACGUCGGUGAAUACGAUAUCAAAGUCCCUGUUCUCUGGGUCUAAGAUCUACGUGCAGAUCACUUGCGAGUCCAAGGAUCCAGACACGAAGAUUGAGAUCUCCUGGGAACUCAGGCAGUCAAUGUGCUUCGAUGGGCAGACACAUUAUUUCAAAAAUUCAGCUCCUCUGAAAAAUCAGACAGAUCCAACAAUUUCAGACAGAACUGUAGCUACGUGCCAGCAUGGUGGGCACAUAAUUCUCAAUGAGUUCAAAUUUGCAAAUCCCCCAGCGGAUUUGGCAGAGAAUACAGCAAAGAAGAAAGCCAGGGAUGCGGAGAACGUCCCUGGGCCAAAUCCACUCUUCACAAUCACCAAAGAUGGGGUUUACUUCUUCACAUUGCGCAUUGGGAGCCAGCAGGACUACAAUGCGUCCGUUCGUGUGGAGAUUAAAGGUCCUCAUGGUUACCUUUCGGCCUUUGAUUGGCCCCUUUUGCCCUUCUACGGAGCCAUGUGUGGGAUUUACGUCUUAUUCGGCGUAAUUUGGCUCACAGUGUCCUUCCUGCAGUGGCGGGAUUUGCUGCGAAUUCAAUUCUGGAUUGGUGGUGUCAUCUUUCUCGGAAUGCUCGAGAAAGCCAUGUUCUAUGCUCACUACCAGACCAUCAAUUCCACCGGGGUGUCCAUCAAGAGUGUCCUCUUGCUGGCCGAGUGGGUUUCCUGUGCCAAGCGCACUCUUGCGCGGAUGCUCGUCAUCAUUGUCUCCCUGGGAUUUGGGAUUGUUAAGCCACGCCUGGGACCGAUGCUGCAUCGUGUAGUUGGCACGGGGGCGCUCUACUUUAUCCUAGCCUGCGUCGAGAGCUACCUCCGUGUCGUUCAGACCAUCAAUGAUCGCAGUAAUCAAAUUCUCGUGGCCAGUAUUCCUCUUGCAGUCCUCGAUUCAGCCAUCUGCUGGUGGAUCUUUACAUCCCUCGUUCAGACAACACGAACGCUCAGACUGAGAAGAAAUAUGGUUAAAUUGUCACUGUAUCGACACUUUACCAACACCCUCAUUUUCGCCGUGAUCGCCUCUGUGAUCUUCAUGCUGUACUCCCUCAAGUCUCACAGGAUGGCUUCGUGCUCAGACUGGAAGGAGCUCUGGGUUGACGAUGCCUUCUGGCACAUUCUCUUCUCAUCCCUUCUCCUAGUCAUCAUGAUCCUGUGGAGGCCAACGAAUAAUAAUCAGCGCUACGCCUUCACGCCGCUCCUUGACAAUCCUGAGGAUGAAGAUGAAGAUGAAGAGGAGCAAUUUGUGUCCGAUGCUUAUGGCGUGAAAAUGCGAGGUACUCACAGUGUUUCGCCACGGGCAUCGAGGAGUGCAACAAAUGAUGAGGACGAUCUCAAGUGGGUGGAGGAGAAUAUACCAGCAGCCAUUGCUGAUGCGGCGCUUCCCGUUCUCGAUUCCGACGAAGAAAUUGUCAAUACAAAGUUUGAAGUGUCCAAGAUGCAGUGAACAUCUCUUCUUGCACAAAACUCUUCUCUUUCUUCUUUUUUUUUAAGUCAUAUUUUACAUUAAAAAUAAAUAAAUAAAAACUUCUCUACAAAAAAGAGAGAGAGAGGAAAGUUAUGAAAAAAAUGAAUUUGAUUGAGAGUCAGCGCAAUUAAUUUAUAAGAAAGAUAAAAUAGCAUGUAUUAUUGAAAAAAAAAACUGUAGGAAAAAUAUUAAGUGAUGAUGUGUGACGACGAAUGCCAGUGAAUCUGAGCGCCUGUGGCAGAGAUUGAUGUGUGAGUGUCGGAUAUAAUAUAAAAUGAAUUAAAUAUAAUAUAAAAUAUAUGAGUUAAAA